AUGCCUCUGAAACAAAAGAGAAAAGGCAGUGUCUGUAAGAAAGGCCACCAGACUGGAGGUAAGACCCAAGAUUUCCUGAGUGCUCAGGCCCCUGUAUCAAAGAAGAAAAGAUAUCCUUCUCCAUCUCCCACUAAUUUGGAGGUUGCUACCCAUACAGGGGCUGACUGUGAGGCACAAAUCCUUCCUGAGCUUCCUCAGAGUGCUCUUUCCACUACUGAGUCUAAGAGUGUUUCUCCUCCAAGAUCACGUAAAAGAGCCAAAGGCAAAAUUAAAAGAAAGCAAAGCUCUUCCAAGGCCUCAUCCUCCACUGUGAAGCAUGGUAGAAGCGCUCUGAAUAGCUCUGUCUGUCUGGUGGUGACGUUCAUGUUGCGUAUGUACAAAAUGAAAAAGCCCAUUCUGAAGGCAGAUGUGCUGAAGAUGAUAGGCAAAAGUAAUAGACAACACUUCCCUGAGAUCCUCAAAAGAGUUGCUUUCAACAUGGAAGUGGUGUUUGGUGUGGAUUUAAAGGAAAUAGCAUCUGCGAAGGAUUCCUACAUUUUUGUCAGCAAAAUGAAUCUCCCUAACAAUGGGGCUCUGAGUCAACACAAGGGCUUACCCAAGACCGGCCUCCUGAUGAAUCUCCUCGGUGUGAUACUACUGAAAGGAAACUGUGCCACAGAAGAGAUGAUUUGGGAUUUCCUGAAUAAGAUGAAAAUAUAUGAUGGAAAGAGCCAUUUCAUUUUUGGGGAACCCAGGAAGCUUAUCACUCAAGAUUUAGUGAAGCUCAAAUACCUGGAGUACCGGCAGGUACCUAACAGCAAUCCUGCAAGAUAUGAAUUUCUUUGGGGCUCAAGAUCUCUUGCGGAGACAAGCAAGAUGAAAAUCCUGGAGUUUCUGGCUAAGAUCAAUCAUACAGUUCCCAGUGCCUUCCACUCCUGCUAUAAUGAAGCUUUGAAAGAUGAGGAAGAAAGAGCCAAAGCUGCAGUUACAACUGGUGACACAUUAAUCCGUAGCCAGUAA